ACCAGGUUAAUGUUCACUUCAACCAUUUUUAAGCUUUUAAAGUUUUUUAUCAAGCACUUCACCAUUUAUUAGACAGUAAUCCUCUUUAGCCUGAAAUGAUAAAUGCAUUUAUUCGCUGUCACUGAAUCCCCAAGUGUGCAUCCCACCAUUUAACCUUUACUCUAACUAUUUUUCAAUGGAUGCAUUUUACUAGAUUAUAUAAUAAAAGUCGAUUAAAGGAUAACAUUUAGAUUAUUUGUUGGCAACUUUGCAAAGUCAUUGCAAGUUAGUUUGCAUUUCAGCUACUAAAACCAGCUAUUUAAAACCCUGGUAGGUUCCAAUAAACCUACAAUUUUUUUAAAUGUGGACUUACUUUUUUUUAAGUAAAUGUAAGUGCAAAAAAACUAUUGUCUGAUUAGACACGGGUUGAUAAAUAUUCACAGUUUAAGAUGACAAUGCACUAAAUUGUCCCCAAAACCCCCCAAAAUGUUAUUGUUUUUAUUUUCAUGACAGCAACAAAACCUCUGGAAGAUUAAUUAUAUUGUUGGCUUACUAUUCAUGGUGUGUAUUUAAUAAAAGAAAUGGAUGUCUGGUGAUGGUUUGAUGAUUUAAAAUGACUUUCAGUUGUAAUAUCCAUUUGGUGUAUGUAAAAGCAAAUGGGUAUUAAAAACAAACAUUCAAAAACAAUCGAAUCAUCCUGAUUUACACAGUAUCUCUGCACGCACUACAGCACUCUUUCUCUCAUCACAACCCAUUUUCAUACCAUGCUGCUGAACUUUGACUCUGUGGAGCAUCCCAGCUGACUGGGGAUUAAAGCUGAGCAUUAAAAACUCACAUUGAGCCUCAUGUGCUUUUUGGCCAUUCUGUGUGCAAACAUUUCUCUCUCAGCCCGCUGGAGUCACACAUCGACUGUAAACAUGAACAUCUCGGGGAUACAUCAGGGGAUGCUCAGGAUGUAUGGUGGAUUUAUUUUCAAACAGUGGAAGAAAAGAUUUCUCCUUAUAACUGCUGAAGGCAGUCUCCUAGUGUGCCAUGAUGCAUCAUCCCCUCCCAGCCAGCUGGUACUCUUGCAAAACAGUUGUGAGGCGAUUGUGGAAGGCAAGGAGAUCUUGGACCUACCUAAAUUACCCUCUGGCGGGGGCAGAGAUUGCUGCUUUGCUCUGAUCCUGCCCCAGAAUAAGUAUCUGCUGCUGCUGGCGGAAACCUCUGCAGAGUGCAGCCAGUGGGUGAACGUGCUGAAAAAAGUGAAAAAGAGUCUCUCAUCACCUCUCAGUCCUUGCAAGCGACAUCAGAUGCCACAACCACGUAUUACUCUCCGAGAUCUUGUGCCUGAACAAAUCCUGGAUAAAGAUCCACCAACUCCACCUGUCAGCGACACAGAGUCAUCCUCCCCUGGGCCAAUGACUGGCGCUUCCCCGAAGGAGAAAGGCAGGAAUUCUUCCCGUACUAAGUAUCAUAAAGGAGGUGCAUAUUCAGCAGGCUGUUUGCGUCACGGCACUAUCAAUAAUGCCCAAGCAAUGAAGGCAGUUUAUCUGCUGAUGGGAGGGGCUGCUGCUUCCUCUGCCAUGGGUUAUUUAGGCACAUGCUCAUCUUCUAAUCUGGAAGCCAAAGCCCCGGAUCUGCCACUCUGCACAGAUUUCUCCAGCAUGGGACCAGCAGGAGGGUACCACACUGGCACUCCUGCACUCGACUCCGCCCACUUUAACAGCUUUGACUUUGAAGUGGCAGACUCUGAUUUUGACGCUUUUGAUUGUGGUGGAUUUACUUUCUAAUAAUCUGCUUGUUGGAGACUGUGGAUACGGAUAUAUUUAAUGGUACUGAACAAGUUGUUCCCACAUAUUUUGUCAAAAUGACAAAACCAUGUGAGGAUAUUUUAUUAAGGGAUCAAUAAAAUAACCCUGAAUGUCAGUCAGUAAACCUGCAAUAAUAGCAUUGUUGCUCAUGGGUGUAGUGGCAGUGAGUGUGAAUUCAACACUGACACAAAUGUGAUGUGCAUUUAGGCAAUAAUACUGAGGUUCAUCAUUUUAUUGUUGUGUUAUUUUGUCACUAUCAUUUAUCAUAAAAAACAUCAAUUACAGCAACUUUAAUAACACAUGUGACUCCAUCCUGUGGAAGAAUAUUAUUUGCUGUUUUGGUUUAAAUGUUCCUCUGUGUUUAAUGGAGGCUCUGGAUAUUAUGGGCACUAAUUGAAGACUGAUAGCAUGAUACACUUAAGUACCAUUUGUGCGUAGUGUUGAAAGAGUCUUAAAAAUUAUGUAAUAACCCAGAUUGGAUUCAAAUCCAUCUGUAAUAGAUACAUUGACCAAGGACAAACUACUAGAGCUCCUUUUAAUCUUUUUUCAGGUACUGUGUUCCUUUCGAACAUUCAGCUGUUAAUUGUCCUUGGAUUUAUGUUACAUUCAAAGUAAUUCUGUCUGAGUUCAUUUCCUUUAAAUGAAUAAAAGCUUUGUGUGGAAAUGUGUUCUACUUGUUCUCUUUGUGCAGUUAGUUACUAACCACCUAAACUGAAUUUCUUGCAAAUACUUUUAAUAAAGAAUAUCCAUUUUGCAUUCAACUGAAACCAACAAACUCAAUAAAAG